AUGGCUCCACUGCCACCAACCCACGACAGACUCACCUCGCCACUCUCUGCUAUCCUGCCAAAUAUCCACAAGCGCUCGCCAUCAUCAUGCGCAGACUACGACAACGCAUGUAACAAUACACAUCGUCUCAUCAUUCUCAUCAUCAUUUUGAUCGUCGGCUUCGUUGUCGGUUUGAUCUUCGCAUUCGUGUGCUUCCGCAGUCGCAAGAGGAGGAUCGUCCGUGAGAGGCAGGCGAGAGCGGCAAAGGAGCAGACAAAUCUGUGGAAAAGCAAGGAGCAAGUUCAGAGAGGAGAUUGGGAGGCAUCGCCGCCCUAUAUGCCUCAGAGGCCGGAGAGUGCGCUAAGGGGCUGGCGAUGA